AUGCAUCAGCCUUUGGGCUAUCGGGAUCCCGUACACCCUAAUUAUGUUUGCUUGCUGAAGAAGUCCUUGUAUGGCCUGAAACAGGCCCCUCGAGCUUGGUAUAAGCGGUUUGCAGAUUAUGUUUCCACUAUCGGUUUUUCUCACAGUGUUUCAGAUCACUCGUUAUUUAUUUAUCGCAGUGGUGCUCAUAUUGCUUAUCUAUUGCUCUAUGUGGAUGAUAUCAUUUUGACUGCUUCUUCAGAAGCCUUGCUCUCUUCUAUUAUUGACAGUCUCAGUUCUGAAUUUGCUAUGAAGGACUUAGGUGCCUUGAGUUAUUUUUUGGGUAUUGCUGUCACUCGUCAUGCAGGUGGUCUUUUUCUUUCUCAACGACAGUAUGCUUCUGACAUCAUUGAUCGGGCUGGCAUGUCCAACUGCAAACCUUCUGCUACUCCGGUUGACACUAAGCCCAAGUUGGGGGUUACUUCUACUACACUUUAUGCUGAUCCUUCAUAUUAUCGUAGUCUGGCAGGCGCCCUUCAGUAUCUCACCUUUACCAGACCUGACAUUUCUUAUGCUGUGCAGCAGGUUUGCUUGUAUAUGCAUGAUCCCCGGGAGGCUCAUAUGCACGCUCUCAAGCGCAUUGUUCGCUAUAUUCAGGGUACCUUGGAUCAUGGUUUACAUCUCUAUUCUUCUCCUGCUACCACACUUCUUUCCUAUACUGAUGCAGAUUGGGGUGGCUGUCCUAACACUCGUCGUUCCACCUCUGGCUACUGUAUCUUUCUUGGUGACAAUUUGGUCUCCUGGUCGGCCAAGCGCCAACCCACUCUCUCCAGGUCUAGCGCUGAGGCCGAGUAUUGUGGUGUUGCUAAUGUGGUUUCGGAGUCAUGUUGGCUACGUAAUCUGUUGCUUGAGCUUCAUUGUCCUAUUUUAAAGGCUACAUUGGUGUAUUGUGAUAAUGUUAGUGCGAUCUAUCUCUCUGGGAAUCCUGUUCACCAUCAACGCACUAAGCAUAUUGAGAUGGGUAUACAUUUUGUACGUGAAAAAGUGGCUCGUGGCCAAGUGCGAGUCUUACAUGUUCCUUCCCGGUAUCAGAUUGCAGAUAUCUUCACUAAGGGUCUUCCCUUAGUAUUGUUUGAGGAUUUCAGAAACAGUCUCAGUGUUUGUAAACCUCCCGCUUCGAGUGAGGGGGUGUGCUAG